UCAGGUACUACCAUAUUGCGUUUAUUAGUUUUUCCUUUAGUAGUUACGUCUCAACGUCAUACUGCAAGAAUGAAUAACAAUAUGCCUCAGAUUCAAGCAUACCAAGAAAAAAUGACAGAAGCUAGAUUGCAUGGAAAUCCUUAUGAAAUGGCAAGAGCUUCACAAGAACUCAUGUUAUUUAUGAAAACGAAUCAAGUAAACCCAUUGAAGGGUAUGAUACUACCAGCUAUUCAAUUUCCUAUAUUUUUAAGUAUGUUUUUGGGAUUACGAGGAAUGGCAAUGUUACCUUUAGAAAGUUUCAAAUAUGGCGGUCUUUGGUGGUUCUCAGAUAUCACGUUGCCUGACCAAUAUUUCAUAUUGCCUGUUGUUACUGUCAUUACUCUUGGUGUGACAUUAGAGCUUGGAGCAGAUAUUGGUAAACUUACUUCCUCGGGUGUAGGAUUUGGAAAGUAUCUUAAAUAUGGAGUACGUGUAUUACCUCUUGUUGUGUUUCCUUUUAUUGUAAAUUUCCCAUGUGCAGUAUGUUUAUACUGGGCAUCUACCAACUUCAUUUCACUAGGCCAAGUACUAUUUUUGAAAAUACCAAGGGUAAGGAAUUAUUUUAAUAUAGAAGAAAAGAGGAGUGUAGAAAAACCAAAGUCAAAAAAGAAAGGAGUAAUUGGAGAGUUUAAAGAAUCAUGGAAAAAUAUGCAAGUUGUUAAAGAAAUUGAAGAGAGGGAACGUUUAGAUCAUAUGAAAUUCACGCAAGCCGGCCGAGCAGCACCAGUUAAAACGUUUAAAUAUAAUCCAAAAAUUGUUGGAGGCAUCAAAAAGGAAAAUUAAUGCAAAUCAUUGUAGUUUAGUUUCUGUUUGUUUUUAUAUAAUAUAAUAUACUAUUCAAUAUAUAAAAUGUA